CAACGACGGAAGUGACGCGGGGGCCGGGCGCCGGGUUUCCGGGUCCUCCAUCUGCGACGAGCGGGGUCGUCGAGGCGGCGGCAGUGGCGGCAAAAACGUGCCUUUUUUCACGCAAAUGGGUGAUGAAAAGGAAUCUUGGAAAGUGAAGACGUUAGAUGAGAUUCUCCAGGAGAAGAAACGCCGCAAGGAGCAAGAAGAGAAAGCAGACAACAAACGCCUGAAAAAUUCUGAUGAUCGGGAUUCAAAGCGCGAUUCCCUGGAAGAGGGGGAGCUGAGAGAUCACCGCAUGGAGAUAACUAUCCGGAAUUCGCCUUACAGGAGGGAAGAUUCUAUGGAAGACCGAGGAGAGGAGGACGACUCCCUGGCGAUCAAACCCCCCCAGCAAAUGUCGCGGAAGGAAAAAGCCCACCACAGGAAAGACGAGAAGAGGAAAGAGAAGAGACGGCACCGUAGUCAUUCGGCCGAAGGGAAGCAUGCCAGGGUGAAAGAGAAAGAGCGGGAGCACGAACGGAGGAAAAGGCACCGCGAAGAACAGGAUAAGGCCCGGCGCGAGUGGGAACGGCAGAAAAGGAGGGAGUUGGCUAGGGAGCAUUCCAGAAGAGAAAGGGACCGCUUGGAACAGCUUGAGCGGAAGCGCGAACGCGAGAGGAAGCUGAGAGAGCAGCAGAAAGAGCAGCGAGAGAUCAAGGAACGGGAAAGGCGCGCGGAGGAGAGGCGCAAAGAGCGGGAAGCCAGACGGGAGAUUUCAGCACACCACAGAACGGCGAGGGAAGAAUACGUGGAGAAAGUGCGGAUUUGGAGCCGCAGCCCACUACGGCAGCCGCGGGAGAAGCUCGAACAGGGAGAAAUCCGGAAGCCAGUGAAAGAAGAGAAGCCAGAAGACAGAGACCCCCUCUCGGACCUGCAGGACAUCAGCGACAGCGAGAGGAAAACCAGCUCGGCCGAAACCUCAUCAGGGGAGUCGGGGUCUGGCUCCGAAGAGGAGGAGGAGGACGAAGAGGAGGAGGAGGAGGAGUCGAGCAGUGAAGAAUCGGAGGAGGAAGAGGAGGAGGAGGAGGAAGAAGAGGAAGAGGAGACGGGAAGCAAUUCUGAGGAAGUGUCUGAACAGUCAGCUGAAGAGGUGAGCGAGGAAGAAAUGAGCGAAGAAGAGGAAAGAGAGAACGGGGACCAUAUCCCAGUGGUUACAGAGUCGAGGUUUGACCGAGAUUCCGCCGGCAGCGAGGCGGAGGAGGAAGACGCCGGGGACGGGAGCCCGCAAUCCAACGCCAUGACGGAGGGCAACUAUAUUCCCGAUUCGCCCAUCUCGUCGCCGGAACCGCCAAAGGAAGAGCUACCCAAAUACCUCCCUGCCCUCCAGGGCUGUCGUAGCGUGGAAGAAUUCCAGUGUUUGAACCGAAUUGAGGAAGGGACAUACGGCGUGGUGUACAGAGCCAAAGACAAAAAGACAGAUGAGAUUGUGGCGUUGAAGCGGCUAAAAAUGGAGAAGGAAAAAGAAGGGUUCCCCAUUACUUCGCUGCGGGAAAUCAACACCAUCCUUAAAGCUCAGCACCCAAAUAUCGUCACUGUCAGGGAAAUUGUGGUGGGCAGCAACAUGGACAAAAUCUACAUCGUCAUGAACUACGUGGAACACGACCUCAAAAGCCUCAUGGAAACCAUGAAGCAACCGUUCCUGCCAGGCGAAGUGAAAACUUUGAUGAUCCAGCUCUUGCGGGGAGUCAAGCACCUCCACGACAACUGGAUUCUUCACCGAGACUUGAAAACCUCCAACCUGCUCUUGAGCCACGCCGGGAUUUUAAAGGUUGGCGACUUCGGACUGGCCCGAGAAUACGGCUCACCGCUGAAGCCCUACACUCCUGUCGUCGUGACGCUGUGGUACCGGGCGCCUGAACUGCUGCUUGGAGCCAAGGAAUAUUCCACAGCCAUCGACAUGUGGUCUGUAGGAUGCAUAUUCGGAGAGCUUUUAACCCAGAAGCCGCUCUUUCCCGGGAAGUCAGAGAUCGACCAAAUUAACAAGGUGUUCAAGGACCUGGGGACCCCGAGCGAGAAGAUCUGGCCUGGUUACAACGAACUGCCCGCCGUGAAGAAGAUGACCUUCACCGAGUACCCCUACAACAACCUGCGGAAGCGAUUUGGAGCGCUCCUCUCCGACCAGGGGUUCGACCUCAUGAAUAAAUUCCUGACAUAUUAUCCGGGCAGACGAAUCACCGCCGAGGACGGCUUGAAGCACGAGUAUUUCCGAGAGAGCCCACUGCCGAUCGAGCCUGCCAUGUUCCCGACGUGGCCGGCAAAAAGCGAGCAGCAGCGAGUGAAACGGGGGACGAGCCCACGGCCUCCGGAGGGCGGGCUCGGUUACAGCCAGCUGGGCGACGAUGACCUGAAAGAAACAGGGUUCCACCUCACGACCACAAACCAAGGGGCGUCGGCUGCAGGGCCCGGCUUCAGUCUGAAGUUUUAAGAUAUACGGGCAGAACAAGACGGAAGGCAAGGAAGGAACAAUUUGCUCUACUCCCGAGCUGCUGGCGAGCCCUUUCGUUCUGUCCUUUUCUUUUUGGCUGAUUGGAAAGCCCUUCCUCAGUAUGGACUUAAGGCCCUUCCUCAGUGUGGACUUAAAGGUAUCGUGUUCCAUUUCAGGGACCGGAAUUCAUCAGAAAUGCCAAGGACCCUUUUGCAAAAAAGGAAAAAACCCAACCAACUUGAAGUACAUUUUGGAAAUUUUCCUCUUUGCUUUUCUCUUGUUCGUAUUUAAAUCUUUUUAUUCCGGUUGGGGAUCUUUUUUUUGCUUGUACAUUUGUAGAAUAAAAACAAAUUUUUAAUUGGUUA